AUCACAUUGCACCAAUCAUUGUGCUGUGGGAUUAUCUAACAUGAUGGGCCCAGGGAGGAGGGACACUGUAACCACUUCCUUUCCAUCAAGAAGCACCUCUGCUUGAGACCCACAUAAGGCUCCCUCAGAAGAGACUUGUGUGCAGAUGGGAGCCCUCAGCCUCAGGGAGACCAGAGAACGAGAGGGACAAGGAGAAGAAGAUUGAGUUGGAGGUGUCUGCCUCUCCUGGGUGAGCCUGGGGAAGAGUCUUCUCAGAUCAGUCCACAAUAAUGGGGGAGAAGGUCCCUGAACCAAUGAAGGAUUUGAAUCUGGAUGUAAAGGACACAGGAAAAGGAGGAGCAGGUGUGGCCCAUGGGUCCAGGCCUCCAACAAACAACCAGAGGUUGCUCCAGAAAGACAAUGGCCGUCAAUUCGGGAAAGGAUCCAGGACUCCCGCGGACCAAUUCCAACCCAAGAAUGAAUCACCUCCUCCAGGGUCUCCCCCAACAAGAGACAGCAGUACGAAAAGUAGCAGCCGGCUGGGGACAACUCAUUCUGGGGAAGCAAGGUUGAGUACUGGGUCAUCUGAGGGGAGGGUUAGCCCAAACCAGGAACCAAUCACCACCAGGAAAAUUUGGUCAAGAGGCUCCUCUAAGUCAAGUAAGAUGAGCUCAAAAGAGGAGCUGCAUUCUUCCAGUGGAGCAGAGGAGGGCAAGGUGUUCAAGCCCGAAAGGGACAGCAGCCCCAUCAUUGAGUGCCAGGUUGGUAGGCUUGGCAGAACUCCCAGCUGCAUCCCCAACAACAUCCGGCACAAGUUUGGGAGCAACACAGUGGAUCAGCUGGUGACUGAAGAGCAGGCUCGAAGGGCCCUAUGUGAAGUGAUCGAGGGACAGAAGCGGGUGAGCAGCCGUGUGAGCAAGCCUUCUCAGAAUUCCAUGGAAAACUCACCAUUUGCAGAUUAUUAUGAGCUGGGAUACAAUAUGAGAUCCAACAUAUUCCAAGCCUCCAGGGCCCGCCUGCCAGAGCUUCCCAUUAUCCAGCAGCGCCACGCUAAGUAUCUUGCUUUUGGGAUACAACUGGGCUUCUGGAAACCAAAAGUCACUCACCUUCCUGACCUUCCCAAAAACUACGUAAGCCCCACAGAGUUUGGCAGGCAAAAAUGGCCUCUCUUGCCAUUCUGAUUUUUGAACCUCAUCAUUCUUCUCCUGUCCUAGAAUAUAAUAUAGAGCCAUAAAUACUCUAAAGCUUAUGGGUCGCUGUGUCUCCUCUUUCCAAAUGUUCAGACUCCCUCCCUGUCUAGCAUUCCCGCUCCCAGUUAUAAACUGAACCUGUCUCUAGUCCUCCCAUGAUUCCAUACUCCUAAUUUUCUCUUUUCCCUUCCUCCCCAUCCCUAACACACACAUACACCCACCAGACUCCUUGAAGGCAAGAGACUCCUUGAAGGUAUUUUCAGAAACCAGCAGAGUAACGUCUCCCCUUGCCCACAAUAGAUAGUUAAGGAAUUGAGUUAAAUGACCAUGGGCUGCUGCCAGAGCAUAUAACCAGCUUUGUUAGUAGUGUUUACGUAAAAUUAGAGUAAGCAGAUUCAGAGGCAGAAAGAGCUUGAAAAGAGCUCUCCUAGAAAAAGAAAUGAUUGAUUCAAGUGGAGAAAGCAAGAUUAAACAGGGAAUUUGGGUUAGAAAAACUAGUUGGGGGGAGAAUUAAAAACAGGGAAUUUGGGUUAGAAAAGCUAGUCGGGGGAGAAGUAGAAACAGGGAAUUUGGAUUAAAAAAGUUAGUUGGGGGAGAACUAGAAACAGGGAAUUUGGAUUAGAAAAGCUAAUUGGGGGAGAAUUAGAAACAGGGAAUUGGAGUUAGAAGCAUAAUUGGACCCAGAAUUAGGGAUAAU